AUGGAGGCUGCCCAGCACAAGGUGCGCACGCCCCAAGAGGCUGCAACAGUCGCCAGAAUCGCAUACCUCGCCUCCGACGUCGUCGUCUCUGUCCAGCCCUCACUCGUCGCCGAUUCCGAAUUCUCUUCCCAUCUCAAGCGAUAUGCGGCUCGCAAGGACCGCGGCCUCGUCGCUACCGGCGCUGGCGCUGUCCCGGAUAUCAUCUCUGUCCGCCACAAUGCUGACCCGCUGCUCUCCGUCUUCACCCCGAUCCGCGCCGGCAAGCUCGUCUCCGUCACCACGCCCUCCUCCGUCCUCCUUCCCGCCAUCUCACACCUCUACAAGCUGGCAAACUAUCCCGUAGUCCUCCACGUCGCCCUCCAGCCCCGCAACUUUGCCGACUACUCCGUCAUCACCGCCAUUCGCAAUGUCGGCUGGACCUUUGUCCAGUCCGAGACCCUCCAGGAUGCUCAGGACAUGGCCGCUACCGCCCACGCCCUCGCCAUCCGCACCGGCAAGGGUGUCAUUCACUUCUUCGCCCCCGACACCUCGUCCAAGGACGAACCCAUUGCUGUCGAGGACCCCACCGUCGUGGGAAACCUCCUCGAUCUAGACAGCGUGCGCCGCUUUCAGUCCGGCUCCAUCGCUGCCACUGGCUUAUACGCCGACGACGGCCACGUUGCUGUCUCGUCAGACCACCCAGAAGUCGCUCCUAACGGCACCACCAGCGACAGCGUCGCGAACCUACGCCCUCCCCCGAGCGCUGACGCCUCCAAGUUGACGUCUGCUGGCACCUCUGUCAAGUCUAGCCAAGACAGUGAGAAUGGUACCCCCGGCGCGCCCUCCUCUGUCGCCACUACCGUCGAGUCGGCCCCGCCCCCCGUCACCUCCGAGGACAUCUACACAUGCGCCACUCGCAUCUGGGCGAGCCUCAACUCUGCCGUUGGCCGCCAAUACAGCGCUUUCGAGUACACCGGCCCGGAAAAUGCCCAAAACUGCCUCUUCAUCUUUGGCUCCGAUGCCGGCACCUUUGCUCAAGUCAUUGACAGCGCCAAGCCCAACGAGAUCUUUGCCAACACCGGCAUCGUCACUCCUCGUCUCUACCGCCCUUGGCUCGGCUCCAAGCUGGUUGAUGCUCUUCCCAGGACCAUCAAGCGCAUCGCCGUGCUCGAGCAGAUUCACCGCAAGACCACCAAAUGGGGUCCCCUGCUGAUCGAUGUCGUCUCCUCCGUCAGGAGCGGUCCCGGAGGCGUUCAAACCAUUGUUGGCCACCAGCUUGGCUAUAUUGCCGCCGCAGCUGUUGACCAGGCCCUCCGCGGCAUUCUCCAGAACCUCACCUCGGAGGCGCCCCUCCAGAACCUCGAGGUUGGCGUACGUGACGCCCCUGCUGAGCGCAGCGACUAUGACCUGUCCAUGCCUGCCCUCGAAACCGCCUACUCCAAAAUCCUCGACCAGCUGUUUGGCAAGCGCACAUACAUCGCCAACGCCCUCCGAUCACAAAACACCGGCAUCUCUUCCACGGUCGCUGCGACCCCCGAAUUCGGUUUCGGCUCCCUCAUUGCUCGCAAGGACCUGCGCAAAGAAUUUGUCAGCGAAGUCAAGGAGGCCGCCAAAAGCAACCAGUUCAUCACUGAUGGGCCCAAAAACUGGCUCGCCAAGUGGGCUGUCGCCUCGGAUGACCUGUCCAAAUCCACCGAGAUUGCUGACGAUGUCAUCUCUCGCCUCCAAACAGACGGCUCGCCUCUUUCCCAGAAGCUACUCAAGAAGCAGGGCCUCUUCCGCAAAGAAUCACUGUGGCUCGUGGGCUCCGACGCCUGGUCCUAUGAUCUGGGCAAUUCUGGUGUGCACCAUGUUCUCGCUUCUGGUGAGAACGUCAACAUGCUCAUCAUUGACUCUACGCCCUACUCCGAAAAGUCUAACGCCGACGCCAACCGCAGAAAGAAGGAUAUCGGUCUUUACGCUAUGAACUUUGGCAACGUCUACGUCGCCUCCACUGCUGUCUACAGCUCUUAUACCCAGGUCCUCCAGGCCAUGCUCGAGGCUGACAAAUUUGACGGUCCCUCUGUUGUUCUGGCUUACCUCCCUUACUUUGGCGAGUCCGACUCCCCGCUCACCGUCUUGCAAGAGACCAAGAAGGCUGUCGAUGUGGGAUACUGGCCCCUGUACCGAUGGAAUCCCGAGAACGAAAAGAAGGGAGAGCCCAACUUCUCGCUCGACUCGGAGCUCAUCAAGAAGGAGCUCAAGACUUUCCUUGCUCGCGACAACCAGCUCACUCAGCUCAUGAACAAGGAGCCCCAAUUUGCUGCUAGUCUGGCCCAUGACUUUGGUACCGAGGUGCGCGCUCAGCAGAAGCGCAAGGCCAAGGAUGCUUACAACCAACUCCUCGAGGGUCUUCUGGGAGCACCCCUUACCAUUCUCUACGCCUCCGACAACGGCAACGCGACAUCUCUAGCCAAGAGACUUGGGAACAGAGGCCGUGCUCGUGGCCUCAAGACGACUGUUCUGGCCAUGGAGGACUACCCUGUCGAGGAUCUUCCUACGGAGGAGAACAUUGUCUUCCUCACCUCUACUGCUGGCCAGGGAGAGUUUCCUCAGAACGGUCUCCCCUUCUGGGAAGCCGUCAAGGACAACACUGAUCUGGAUCUGGCCACUGUCAACUACUCCAUCUUUGGUCUCGGUGAUAGCCACUACUGGCCCCGCAAGGAGGACAAGAUCUACUACAACAAACCUGCGAAGGAUCUUGACCGCGUUCUGACUAAUCUCGGCGGUAAGCGUCUGGCUGAUACUGGCCUUGGUGAUGACCAGGACCCUGAUGCCUACCAGACGGGUUAUGCCGAGUGGGAGCCCAAGAUCUGGCAGGCUUUGGGCGUGGACAACGUCGAUGGCCUUCCCGAUGAGCCCCCGCCCAUUACCAACGAGGACAUCAAGCUGGCUUCCAACUUCCUUCGUGGUACCAUUCUCGAGGGUCUCGCAGAUACUACCACCGGCGCCAUCUCUGCUGCCGAUCAGCAGCUCACCAAGUUCCACGGUACCUACAUGCAGGAUGACCGUGAUGUCCGCGACGAGAGAAAAGCUCAAGGUCUCGAGCCUGCCUACUCCUUCAUGAUUCGAUGCCGUUUGCCUGGUGGUGUUUCGACUCCCAAGCAGUGGGUUCAGAUGGAUGACAUUGCCAACCAACUUGGCAACGAGACGAUGAAGCUCACCACGCGUCAGACCUUUCAGUUCCACGGCAUCGUCAAAGGCAAGCUCAAGCCUGCCAUGCAGGCCAUCAACCGUGCUUUGAUGACCACCAUUGCUGCCUGUGGUGAUGUCAACCGCAACGUCAUGUGCAGCUCCCUGCCCACGCAGUCCAAGUACCAUCGCCAGGUCUUUGCCAGCUCCCAGAAGAUCAGCGACCAUCUGCUGCCAUCGACCAAUGCCUACCACGAGAUUUGGAUCAAGGACGAGGACGACAAGAAGACGCAGGUCGCUGGUGAGGCCAUCCAAGACUUCGAGCCCCUGUACGGACCUACCUACCUCCCCAGAAAGUUCAAGAUUACCAUUGCCAUUCCUCCUCACAACGACACGGACGUCUACGCGCAUGAUAUCGGCCUGAUUGCUAUCAAGGGCAAGGAUGGUAACCUCGCAGGUUUCAACGUGCUUGCCGGUGGAGGCAUGGGUGCCACACAUAACAACAAGAAGACGUACCCCCAGACUGGCAGAAUGUUUGGCUACUGCAAGGUCGAGGAUGUUCACAUCGCGUGCGAGAAGAUUAUGCUCGUACAGCGUGACCACGGUGACCGCAAGAACCGCAAGCACGCUCGUCUCAAGUACACAAUUGACGACAUGGGCGUCGAUGUGUUCCGCGGCAAGGUCGAGGAGCUCUGGGGCCAGAAAUUCGAGGCUGAGCAACCCUUCGAGUUCAAAUCCAACGUCGACACAUUCGGCUGGGUCAAGGACGAGACGGGCUUGAACCACUUUACUUUCUUCAUUGAAAACGGCCGCAUCGAGGACACGCCCGAGUUCCAGAUGAAGACGGGUCUGCGCGAGAUUGCCAAGGUGCACAAGGGCGAGUUCCGCCUCACCGGCAACCAGCACCUGAUCCUCAGCAACGUCCACGACGAUGACCUCGCGUCCCUCCAGGCCCUCAUGAAGUCGUACAAGCUCGACAACGUGCAAUUCUCCGGCCUGCGUCUCAGCUCCUCCGCCUGCGUCGCUUUCCCCACCUGCGGCCUCGCCAUGGCCGAGUCGGAGCGCUACCUGCCCGUGCUCAUCACCAAGCUCGAGGGCUGCCUCGAGGAGGCCGGCCUCCGCCAAGACUCGAUUGUCAUGCGCAUGACGGGCUGCCCCAACGGCUGCGCCCGCCCCUGGCUCGCCGAGGUCGCCUUUGUCGGCAAGGCCUUUGGCGCCUACAACAUGUACCUCGGCGGCGGCUACCACGGCCAGCGCCUCAACAAGCUCUACCGCGCCAGCAUCAAGGAGGACGAGAUCCUGGCCAUUAUGAAGCCCUUGCUGAAGCGCUACGCGGCGGAGCGCGAAGACGGCGAGCGUUUCGGCGACUUUUGCAUUCGUGUCGGCAUCAUCAAGGCCACGACGGACGGGCAAAACUUCCACGACGGCGUUGCGGAGGAGGAUGAGGAUGAGGAGUAG